AAGUGUUUCGUGUCCUAAAUCAGACAGGGGGCAACAUCACUCUAGUUUUACCAAUGUCGUGACGCAGUUUGUUGCCUGUGGCAAGAAUUACAGUAGCUGUUGUCCCAAAUGAUGCAUGCAAACUAACUAUUGUAUGAAAUUAAUUAGGUUAUUACAACAUCGGAGUAUGAUAAACCCUCACCCUCCCUUAAAGAAAGCCGCAACUAUUGAGUUUUAACUUCUGUAUUAACCACUUAACCUUUUGAUUUAAAUAAGUGCAUCAUCCAGGUAUUUUAAAAUAAUUUCUCUUUGGAAUAAAAUGGCACAAAAAAGUGCACCAGUACCAAUUAAGUUUUUUAUUUCCUUCUCGAAAGAUCCUCUUGCAAAAUAAUCAUCUGUGCCUCCGAAUGACCAUAUUAGGAACCUGAAAGUUGGACAUAUUUCAACACACCUAACCAUAGCAACAUGCGUCGCUUUAUAUAUAAUGCGCUGCUGCAAAUAAAUACUACAACGCCCAGACUCCUGUGCGGUACAGCUUGGGCAUAUUUUUCAGGGCGAUGCUGUACCAGAGGUGUUUUAAAAUAGGGCGUUUAUGUUUCUGCUCCAUUCAUUUGCAGAGAGGAGACGUUCGCGACUACAUAAAGAGCAGUAGGCGGCGCGUCAGACUGAGAAAGGCUGGUCAGGUUUAACGAACAGUGACCACGGGCUCUGUCUUCAACGUGGAAAUAACCGUUUAAUAGUACUGUACUGUGGGUGGGUCACCCACCCCUCAUUCUGCACCGAAGAGCUGCUUUAACAGAAUUGGCAGUUCAGUGCGGAAAUGUCCAGGUUAUUCCGGGCUGUUAUCAUGGGUCCACCAGGCUCGGGGAAGGGGACCAUAUCCGAGAGGAUCGCGCACAGUUUCGGCCUUAAACAUUUGUCCAGUGGAGACUUUGUCCGAGAAAACAUCGCUGCGAAAACUGAGGCUGGUGUUCUAGCUAAGACGUAUAUAAAAAAAGGAUUGCUUGUGCCAGACCAUGUCAUGACGCGUCUUCUGCUGCCUAGAUUGGAGGAGAUGACCAAAUACAGCUGGGUGUUGGAUGGUUUCCCUCGAACGCUAGCUCAGGCUGAAUCCCUGAACAGUGCCUGUGAUCUGGAUGUAGCUAUCAACCUCAACAUCCCUCUGGAAACACUGAAGGAAAGGCUACGACAUCGAUGGAUACAUCCACUCAGCGGCAGAGUGUACAAUAUGUGCUUUAAUCCUCCCCGCGUCCAGGGGAUAGAUGACAUCACAGGAGAGCCAUUGAUUCAACAGGAGGAUGACAGACCAGAAGCCCUGGUGGCCAGACUGAGACACUACAAAGAUGUUGCCAAACCUGUCGCAGACUUUUAUAAGGGUAAAGGGAUCCUGUACACAUUCUCGGACACAGAGACAGAUCGGAUCUGGCCGAAUAUCAGCACACUUCUCAGCACAAAGAUCCCUACCAUCCAAUCAGAUGCUCGGUAUGCUUCAACUCACUGAGGAAAUCCACUGAAAGUCUCAUAUCAGAGAUAACGGUGUGGCCUCCUCUUAGAGGAAUUACUAAUUGACCACAUUUGGUUUCCAAAGAUUCCAUGCUAGUCAUUUUUAUUAUCACAACUUGUCCAUUGGUAGUAUAGUAUUAUUCUUCAUAGUGCUAGCUUUGAUUAUUUCAGUUUCUGUAAAGAUUUUAUACAUUUCAAGGACUUGUUCUCUGCUUUAAGCAUUUGCUGGAAUCUGGGAAUCAGUCUGUUAAAUUCAACUUAUAUCUUACAAUAGUCGUAAAAGAUUGAUAAAGGGUCAGUUCAUCCAAAAAUGAAAAUUAGCCCAUAAAUAACUCACUCUCACUGCUUAGUGCCAUUAAACAGCUUGAAAGAUCAAAGACAAAUUUUAACAUGACUCCUACUGGAUUUGUCUGAAAGAAAAAAGUCAUAUGCACUUAGGAAGACUUGAGGGUGAGUAAUUUAUGGGCUAAUUUUCAUUUUUGGGUGAACUAACUAGGUUUCAACUCAGAGCGCACAAAUUUAUAUAGAUGUUAUUAAAUCACAUUAGAAUAUUGAAGGGUAGACACAUGUCACCUUGUGUAAGUGAAUGAGACACUGAACUGUUCAAGCAUUCCAGUGAGAUUUUGUUAUUUCUGAAGGGGCUUUACUAGAUAUCAUCUCUGUCUGUUGUGUUUGCAUAUAUAUAUAUAUAUGUGUGUGUGUGUGUCUGUGUGUGUGUGUGUGUGUGUGUGUGUGUGUGUGUGUGUGUGUGUGUGUGUGUGUGUGUGUGUGUGUGUGUGUGUGUGUGUGUGUCCAAAUCACAUACUGUGUGCCUUGGAGAAGUACAAAUUCUUGAUCUGCUGAAAUUGCUAUUGUGAACACCAGGCUUUAUUCUUUGAAAAACUUUGAUAGAGUGCUUACCUGUUAAGAAUCAAACCAAUGUUAGAGUAACACUAUAGAAAAUGGCAAUAUAUAAGAAUAAUGUGAUAUAAUAAUCAUAUACCAUAUCAGAUAUUCUUCAAACACUGCCUUUUUUGGUAAAUACUGUUCAGUAAGAGCCAUACUUAUGAACUAAAACCGUUGAUAGAAAAUAAUCUAAUGAGGUUACAAGAUUAUGUAUUGUACCCAUUUAAUAAAUGUGCCAGUGUUCAUCCAGAACAAGAGUGAUGUAUUCUGUAUCCAGAAGAUUUAGGCAAAGAUUCGUCAAAAAUCACAGAUUAAAUUACAAUUAGAUUUACAUUGUUUGUCCCCAAAACAUAUAAACUGAAGGAGUGUUAGGCACACAUGACUUUAUAGUUAUCAACCUAUGUUUAUAUCUUUCUGUUUUCUUUCAUUCUUUCAUGCUUCCUGUUCUGUCUCCCAUGACAUGAUAUGGUCUUACAUAUCGGACAAUAUGGAAUGGAGAAAACAUGUAAAAUAUCUCCACACAUUCUCGUUAUGCAAUACCAUAGACAAGAAUUUACAUUCCUGAGCUUUCCUCCCCACCCCCAAAGAAAAUAAACUUAUUUUCACAGAAA